AUGAACGGUCACAGGAGCAUAUCACAAUGGAAAGGGAGACGACGGCAGGACUGCAGGAACGAUUUGGAGGGGUGGGUGGCCAUUAGGAGAUGUGUGGAUCAGUUGCCCAUUCAAACAUCUGGGCUAAAGCUUGCCUCGUCGGAUACGCAGCGGUGUAAUCGAUUGACAAAGCUGUCAGGCGUUGCCGGAGCCGAAUCGGUGGGUUGUCGAAGAGCUUUUUUAGACGAGUCAUAA